GGACCCUAAGAUUUGAGAAAUUUCUCAGUUUUAUUAGGAAUUGCUGGUGUCGUCGGCUAUAACGUUAAAUUGAACAUAGAUAAGCGUAGAUUCGAGAAGCAUCAACAAUAUCGUAAUGAGAAAGAAUUACGAGCAAGGAGUGGAUAACUACUACAAACAAGUCCACAAUAGUUACAGGAAUCCACACUUUUACGGUAUCACAAAAACAUUAAACAAAUUUCUAUCCACCUUCCCUAAGCCAUCCUCUAUCGUCGACCUAAGUUGCGGAAGCGGAGAAGCCACUGAGAUUAUCACGAACUUUUAUAAACGUAGAAAUGAAGAGUCACCUUCAAUUAUCGCAACAGAUCCUUUCACAAUGUCUGCAUACACUCAAAGAACAGGUAGGACUUGCCUACCUUUAUCAUUCCAAGAUAUUGCUCAAGGAAAGCUAGAAGGCGAAUUCGAAUUAGUUAUUAUAUCAUUUGCAUUGCAUUUAAUCUCUGAUAAUAGUGCAUUAUAUUCAUUCUUAACUCAAUUAUCCUAUCAAUCAAAGUAUCUCUGCAUAUUAAGCCCGCAUAAAAAACCAGAAAUUAAACAAUCUUGGGGUUUUGAAAGACUAAACCCCCUUACAUUGGAGGUUGAUCAAUCUGAUACUGAAGAAUUGUACAUUGAGAGGGUUAGACUGCGAUUGUUCAAGUCUUAUAAUUACUUUUCAUGACAUAUCCAUCGAUGUAUCUUCUCUAUUUGAUGUAUUUUGAGUGUUUUUAGCUAAAUAAUCGUCAUAUAAAGCGUCUAACUCUGCGUCAUUAAAUAAAUCAUCAAAAUCGUCUUCUUCGCUUGGUAUCUCGACCAUUUCUUCUAAAUCUUCGGGUAUAUCCUCGCCAGCGUCACUCCAGAACUCUAAUGGAUCAUAGUCUGAUCCAACAUGUAUAUCGUACUUCCGUUCUUCCCUUCUAAGGAACUUGUUGUAAUCACUUUCUGUCAUUUUAUCCAUUAUUCUAUCGCCCAAGAAAUCGUCCUCCUCAUCAUCUACCUCAUCCAAAUUGAACAGUUGUUUGGAGUUCAUUCUCGUGCUAUCUACAUCUUUAGCUCUAGCGAUCUUACGCAGCUGUUGCGAUUUGAAACGUUCCUUCCAGAGUCUCUUUUUUGGAUCUGCUGCAUCCUGUGGUGCGAGCGGAGACGAAGACAGUAUCGCGUGGCUAAAUCGACCAGCGGAUGAGGGAGAAGAACUUGAAUUAUUCCUGUGGUUGUACCCACUCAUUCCCAUACUAUUAAGAUCGCCGUCACUUCUUAAUUUUGUGCGACUUGUCGGUCUAUAUCUAUAUCUACAGCCGGAAUCGAGAGAAGCAGGUUGAGUUGGUCGCUGUAUUCGUUGACGAGCAGCUUUUGGUUUUGGUGGUGUGCUUGAACCAGCGUCGAAAUUGAAAGAAACUGGAUUGCUCGUCGUUGCUUGAGCUGAAUUC